CGAGCUGGCAAAAAUGGCGGAAAAACAAGCAGAUGACGAUGACGAUGAGGAGUUCGGAGACUUCAAGUUCGUUUCACCAUCUUCUAAUGAACCGUUGUAUGUCAGUCAGGACAAUGGAGUGGAAGACGAAUGGGGAGAUUUCAUGGACAAUUUCUCUCAGAAGCAAGAUUUUUUUGGAAACCAACUCAUAUUUCAGCCAUUUAAUGGCUACACCCAAACUGUAAAUCAUACUAAUCCACCUCAAUCACAGCAAAGUUUUGAUCUUUUUGGUGAUUUCUCGGAUCAUUCGCCAAAAGCCACCGUUUUAAAGCUGAAUCACGUCGAAACUGAAAAUAAUUCUGCCUCUCCGGUUGCUGAGAAACGGUGGGAGAAGCCUCAAGGUGCUUUGCCUCUUUCCAUUUUUGGUGAGGAAGAGGUAGAAUCUGAUUCGAACAACCCAUCUUUCAAUGAUACUCCAGAUCCUUUUCCCGUUAAAAAAUCGCCGUCCCCCGUGAAAAAUGAAGUAAAAUUUGGGCCAGGCCUCCGUCUUAAUGAUAUUAUCGUGAAUUUGUACAGCCAGGCAGAUCAGAUCAAGAUUGAAAAUGGGUCGAAUUGGAAUUUGGUUGACGGAGAUGAUAAUGGUUGGAAAUUUAACGACGCAUUCUCUCAAAACAAAGUCGGAGAUAGAGAAUCAGCUGUCAAGGAGUUCGAGUGGGAACAACAGGAGGAACAACAAUUGACCAAUAAUUUGAAGGUCAGUGAUAGACAGUCCGAAAACUCUGAAGGAACUUUACAUAAGUCAGGCCUUAGCAAUGUUGGCUUAGAUUCUGGAGAUAUUUUUGCCAAUUCAGAUUGGUUUUCUCAUAAAUCUGCUGGACUUUACAACGGUUUUGGUCUUAGCACUAGUAUGGCUACUCAAAAUGGUUCUAUCUCAGUAUCGCUCACUCAAGCCAACCAGAAUGUGAAUGGAAAUGAAUUGAAUUCUAAAUCAGGUGAUGGAAAGAUAAAUGCUGAUGAUAAUUUCUGGGAUUUUAAGGAUGCAGUCUCAGAAUCUGAAAAUGUAAAUUUCUCUUCAGGGAAGAAGGAAGAGAAAAUGGUUGCUGAUAUUCCUGAUGCUGACAUGAAAGUGCUUGCAUUUGACGGCGAAGUCCAGGGAAAUGGAAAAUGGCAUGGGGAUCAUCAGGAAUCAUUAUCCCUGCCGUUUUUUAGCAAUGGGAAACUAGAUGCCGAUGAUUCCUUGUGUGGCAAAGAUGUAUCUUCUCAUAAACCAGCUAACUAUGUGAGAAACAGCACCUAUGGUCAGAGUUUUGGCCCAAAUGUCUCUCUUACUGAUUUCAUAUUCACAUUAUACAGUCAGGCUGGGGAGAUCCCAGCUGUUAAUUCUACAAAAGGACCAACUGGAGAUGAAUUGAGUUCAGCCCAGGUGGGUGUAAAUUCUGAUUUAAUGAAUGGAGAGGAUGAUUUUGAUGACAAUUCCUGGGAAUUUAAAGAUGCCUUCUCAGAAACCAAAGCUGAUGAUGAAUUUAAUUUAAUCCAAGUGGGUGUGAGGUUUGCUAAUUCUAAACCAACCGAAGCCCAAGUCAGUUUGAAUUGUGAUUUGAUGAAUGGAGAAGAUGAUUUUGAUGAAAGUUCCUGGGAGUUUAAGGAUGCCUCCUCAGAAACCAAAACUGAAGGUCGAAGUUAUGUAUUCAAUCCUUCAAAUACAGAUAUAAGAUUUCUGAGUGAAUCAAAGCUGAAGAAUUUUGUGGAUUUCUACUCUAGAUUGAAGGAGGAAUCAUGCAGUGUUGCUCUUCACCAUCUUGAUUGCCUAAAGGAAGCCCAGAAGGUUGCUGUUCUUUCUGGCAAUGAUGUCAAAGCAAUGGCUUUCCAUGAAGAAAUCCAGGCAGCUUAUAAGAAACUUCACAAAGAGGAUAUGAUCUCUGAAGAAGCUUAUUCAAAGGAGCUUUCAACAAGAAAAAUUUGUGUGAAUGAAUUUAUGAAUGAUCCGACGUUCCAAGUGGUUGAGUCAGAAUAUGACUUGUCAAAAAGAAUAUCAUUAGCAGAAAAUGAUUUGAAUUCAGCGAUUGAGCUUUUUAAGCAUGCAAUUCUAAUUCUAAAGAUCCUCUCAUUGGGAUCUGUUGAAGAGCAAUCCAAGUAUAUUACCAAUUGGUCUAAAAUUAUAUCAGCCUGUGCUCAAGAGUUGAAACAUGGUGCCUUGAUUUGGAAGCAGUCAUUACUACAGACUAUCCACAAGAAAAUGUUGUCUCAACUCCAAGGCCAGCGAUAUUUUCUUGCCCUUGCUGAAAUAUAUAGAGUAGUGGAAAUUCUAAGAGCCUCAGCAACACUUUACAAACCUUGGAUAUUAUCGAACCUUGAAGAUCCUUCAAUUAUCUUUGCUCUUUUGGAGGAAUGCAAGACUGUAUGGUCAGAGUCAGGAUUGGAAGAAGCUGUCCGGAGUAUCCCUGAUCCAGUUAGCAUUGGUUAUGAUGGGACUGUCAUGGCAUUGUUGGAUUCUAUAAAGUCUAUCCAUGAUCUGGAUGUGCUGGCUCUUCAAAACAGAGUUUUCUCCCAGAAAGAAUCAAUUUGUCAACUAUCAGGAUUAUCUUGUGCAGUGGUGCCAGAUAUGAAGGUCGUUGUCUGGGAUGGAGAACACUACUUUCUCAUCCUAGCAAACUUGUGGGUAAAUAGGAUAUCUUGUGAUCCUCCAAGGACACCACAUUUGCGCAUCAGUUAUGAUGACUGCUGAAGCUGAAAUCAGUUUUUCCAUCACUCCUCAUCAUAUAUUUGAAUCAGAUUGAUUUCCUUUCUUGUGAGGCAUUUUGCACAGCAUCUAAAUUAUAAGGACAUCAAUUGUGGUGAAAGUAACUGCGGCAGAGGCCUGCUGAACCUAAAGACAACACCAAAAGGGAAUGUACUUGAAGCUGCGUCAGUGAAAAGAUGAUGUGAUCAACUCAAGCUUGGCUUCAUCAAGGUUUUAUAUUGGCUGUUGGGGCUUGGUUUGAAUUGGCAAGGUAGGAAAAUUUUCCUCCCAUUUUCUCUGGCAUUUUCUGCAAAAAAGGUUGUAACAUAGUUUCUGGAUGCAAAGUGUUUGAUUGUUAACAUGUAAUUUUUUUUUAAUGUAAUAUGUUCAUAGAUAGAUGCAGCACAAUCGUACACAUUGUACAAUGUAAAAACAAUCAAGAAUCCCUGUUCCUCCAAACCCCCCUCCC